AUGGCUUUUGAAGGCAUGAAAAGGAUUGGGAGACAAGUCUCGAAGUUUAAAAUCGGCAAAAGACCUGGAAACACUGCGACAGAAAAGAAAAAGCGAGAAAAAACAAGGAUUCCAACGAUUAAUCCUGCUGUUGCCACUCUUCUGGAGCAAGCUUCUUCUGACUGGUCGCAUGGUGAGACAGAUCUGGCCAUAUACAGGCUUACAAGGGUGCUGUCGACAAUGGAUAAGACUAGAGGACAAAACACGACGUUUUGUUUAGACGACGACGAACGAGGCAGAUCAAACGAUGGGCCCGAUGGAUCUAAUAUCCAUUUGACGCGAAUGGAGCAAGAUGAAGAGUGCGACAUAUGGUCUCUCCCCGAUAAACAGAAUGUAAGGCAUCUUCGGGUUACAAACAGUGAUAUUGAAGAACCAAGUGGUUCUCAUUUCUACGCUUACAAAGAAGGAAAGUCCAGUUCAACGGACACGGUAACGCAACUGGCAGAUUUUUCGCAUCUUGUAGAUCAAUCAUUUAAUAUGACGGUCGUGAACGGUUUAGAGUCCGAAGAUUUUAGUUACUGUGACGGACAUGUUUUUCGCUGCAGAAGUCCUGGCAUUGAAACACUAUGGAGUAAGGGCGUUUUUGAAAAAUGA